UGGCGACUAUGGCGAUCACUUUUUGUUUACUUUGACAGAUGCAGAAGGCAAAAGUGAUCGCCUUUUCAUGACUAAUUGCUUGAUCCAAACAAAAGUAGUCAUUUGUAUUCUUGGGCUGUUUCGACAGUAAGACUUCGACAUCAUGGCUACGAGGAGUCUGACGGAAGUUUUCGUACUGAUGCGAAAUAAUGCCAUGCAAAGUCGACAUAUAUACACCGAGCAGGCCGUCUCAGAUCGUAUGGCACUUGUUCCUAGAUCUGUCGAUGUUGACAUCGAGCUCGCUGACUCUCGAUUGCCUCCAACCUGGUCAGAUGGUCUAGAAGAAGCUCAGUAUGCCUUAUCAAGAAUACGUGGGAAGCUAAAACAGCUGUCUGCAUUGCACUCCCGACACUUACAGCGUCCCACCUUGGACGACACUAGGAAUGAAGAAAUUCAGAUCGAGGCUUUGUCUCAAGAAAUAAUGAGGAUGUUCAACAGUUGCCACAAACUAAUUACGCAAAUUCGCCAAGACGGUUUGAAUGGCUCAAAUAAGGAGAGACAGCUUGCCAAGAGUGUUGUUGCUGCCCUUGUCAACUCCCUUCAAGAAUUGUCAAAUAACUUUAAGACAUCACAGGGAGAUUACUUGAGAAAGUUGAAUUCUAGAGAAGAACGCUCUCGGCAGUAUUUUGAUAACCCAUGGGAUGUGCCUAGUUCUGCUUCAAAUCAGAGCAAUGCAGCUUUUCUUGGAUUGGAUGAAGAUAGGUGGGAGGUUGAUAGCAGCCUAGAUAAUAUUGAUCAACAGUUUUCUAAUGCAGCAUCAGGGAAAAUGACUCAGACUCAGCUGGUGCUUAUGGAAGAAGAAAACACAAAGAUGAUUGCUGAAAGAGAAAGAGAAGUUUCUCACAUUGUUCAAUCUAUUAGUGAGUUGAACACAAUAUUCAAGGAUCUUGCGCAUAUGGUUGCUGAUCAGGGUACAAUAUUGGACAGAAUAGAUUAUAAUGUGGAACAAACCCAAAUUCAAGUUGGGCAGGGCUAUCAACAGUUACAAAAAGCUGAUGCAUAUCAAAGAAAGAAUCGUAAAAUGGUUUGUAUUCUUUGCCUCGCUGCUGCCAUUAUUUUGAUGCUCUUCCUCCUCAUAAUUUUCAAAACUUGAUUACCUUGACAUGAUUUCAUCUAAUAUAUUUUGUUAGGGUCAGGGCGGGGAAGAACUGGACACCCCAUAUUUUACUUCAAAUACCGUAGGCACAGGAAUAACAACUAUCAAAAGUUGUUCCGUGGCAUCAGCGGUUUAUUACACGACAGUUGUCAGGCCGGUACAUACGGCAUUUGAAGUAAAAUGUGGGGUGUCCAGUUCUUCCCCUGUCCAGUUUUUCCCCGCCCUGACCCUACACCUCAAUCAUUGAAAAACUGCCUAUAUGGCUAAAUUUCAGAAGGUUCAGUGUACCUGAGCAACUUUUUGCAAGUCAUUAAUUUGUUGCUCUCUGUUCCUUAAGAUUAUACUAAUUGUUUCCCUUUGCGGAAAAAUGUGACCUGUGCUUAUCAUUCCAGAGAGGCCUAGAAGUCUGUUCCACAGCAUGCAAGGCUUCUCUGCAUACCUGUUAUAGCUAAGCUUCUACUAGUCAUAGAACUGAUUGCAAAUGUAUUUCUCCAUCAGCUGGUAAUUUCAGUGGUUUCCUUUAAAAUGUGGUUGUAUUUUAAUUUUUUAUUCUGUUUUGGGAUUCACUUAAUCUAUAUUAAAUAUUGAAGGGGCCCUUCCCUUUGAACAAUUCACGGGUAUUGACUUCAUGCAAAAUAGAAUGGCAAAAUUUUCCUGCUUGGGACUUUGGAUUUCUUGUACGACAAAAAGGUUAAGAAUGUGUGGAAAUUAUCAUGGGCGAAUUCCGAUUUUUAUGAGCUUCAUGAAGACUGUUAUUAUAAAAGUUUAUCUGCAGCAGAUAUCAUAUCUGCUCUUUAAAAGUAUUUAAAGUUACUUAAUUAACAACAGCCUGUUUGUUUUUAUUUUCAUGAAAUUCUGAAGUAGAAUCUUAUGUGCCUGUUCUAUUUUUUGUUUGUAUUUGACAUUUUCAUCUGUGAUCAUAAUUUAUUCUGUGCGACUUUGUUGAUGUGGCCAAAUAAUAUUUUAUCUGUGUUGUAGUAUGUGUGACUAUUUUAAGAAAGUAUUUCUGUUUGAGUCAUGUUCUGUUUUCUCCUUGCCUUCUGUCAGGUGUGCAGAGCAUGGAAUCUAUAGUAUAAUACAUCAGAUUGUUCUAUUUUUCCUGUAGGCUGAUUGCUGUUGUAUGUUAAAAAUACACCAACAACACGAAGGAA